GAUCGUAACUCUCUUCUCAAUUGGAGAAACUGAAGGGUGUUUCAUGUUUAUUUGAAUCUCAUCUUAUCGAUCUGACAUGGAAGACGACCUCUCAAGUUCUCUAUGAGGUCUUUAAUGGCGUCUUGACUCUUGAUACUUCGAACACUGAUAGUCUGAUGGUCGAAAACUUUUCUGAUUGCCAUGGCUGCACCUUUCUUCUCCACGCCUUUCCAGCCCUACGUUUACCAGAGUCAACAAUCAGCUGUUAUACCCUUUCAAAUUUUGGGUGGUGAAGCUCAGAUUGUUCAGAUCAUGUUAAAACAGCAAGAGAAGGUCAUUGCAAAGCCUGGUUCUAUGUGCUACAUGUCUGGAUCCAUUCUGAUGGAAAAUGUUUACCCCCCUGAAAACGAAGGCGGAAUGUUUCAAUGGCUUUUUGGAAAGAGUGUGACUAGCAUAGUUCUCCUAAAUCCUGCUCCAAAUGAUGGAUUUGUUGGAAUUGCUGCACCUUCACUUGCUAGGAUACUCCCGAUUGACCUGGCAAUGUUUGGUGGAGAAAUUCUAUGCCAGCCAGAUGCGUUUCUUUGUUCAGUCAACGAUGUAACAGUUACGAAUGCAGUUGAUCAUAGGGCCCGUAUUGUUGUUGGUGGUGCAGAGGGAAUUUUGAGGCAGAAGCUCACGGGCCAGGGACUAGCCUUCAUUGUUGCUGGUGGAUCUGGUAUUCAUUCCUUCCCUUGUCAUAGUGCUUCAUUCAAGGUUGCUUAGGGGUUUCCUGAACCUGGUUUAUUGAUGGUGCUACUCUGAUGCUGUGAUGAGAAGUCUCUUGCCCAUUUGGCAUUUAUUGUUGAUUUAUUAUCUGUUGAUUUUUACUCUUUGACUCUAGUGAACACAACAAAAUAAUGAAAAUUUGACACGAUUAUGGUAAACAGUGAAUAAUUGUGGGUAGAAAUGAGAGAGACAGGAAGAUAAUUGUGUAACAGCAAAGGAAACUGCUGAAACUUGAAAGACAUCCGAACAAAG